CCAGCUGAUCCCUUCACUGCUACGAUUGGCCACAAUCGUCGUUGCUGUCGCCGCCUCGCCAUUUCCGACGCCUCACGCAGGCAUUGAGCCAGAUCCAAUCCCGCCGACAUGUAUUUUGCGAUGCGCCUCCUCGUUCUGGGACUGGCCCUCCUGACGGGCGUCGCACCGGUCCAGGCUGCAUCAACGACGACCAAGAACACCACCGACAUGAAGCCCUUCAGCCACUGGAUGCCGACCGGCGGGAAAUGCGUCAUGACCGGCGUCGGCACCUGGCUCUGUAAGAGCCUGCCCAAGCAAGACAUCAAGCGCGUGCGCAACGGCACCUGCAUCUCCACGGGGCCCGACUUCCUCUCGUGCGGGCCCGGCGCCGUCCCGCUGAAUUCGACGAGCUGCGUCCCUUCGGGCCCGUUCGUCUUCCGCUGUGGGCGCGAGGAUCUCCUCGUCGACAAAUACUUCUGCCUCGAGGCGUGGGAGGGGGUCCACAUGUGUAAAGAGGAGAAGCCGCUGGCGGUGAUGCCCAAGGUGCCAGGCGCUCUAGGCGGAUGAGUGGGGUUGUGGGUGGUGGCGGCGGCGAAGGAGUGGUGGGAAAAGACGGGCGAGGAUACAAGCAGGCUGCGACGGGUCUAUUGGCAUGAGCGAAUCUGCCCAGCCGAGGUUUGCCCUUUGCCUUUGGCUACCAAGUUACAAGAUGGAAUAAGAGCACGGAUGAGAGUGCCGCUCCCGGGGAGGAAGAGGAGAGGGGCGUAAUCAGUCGGGAGAGAAUGGCUCCAUCCGAGUCCGGGCGAGCUGUGCGUGUCGGGUUCUGCGCGUGUGCGGGAGAAUUUUUUCGCAGAGAGAGAGA